AAUGUGAGCGGAGGAUGCUUUAGCGCUGAAAGCGUCCAGAGCCGUCCCGGAGAGAAGAAGGGGGACAAAACUCAAGAGCAACUCUGCAGAUCGUGGGGGGGAGGGGGCGUCGGUCCAGCUUGCCCGACAUGCUGUGGGUCCCCGCCACGCUCCUGGCCCUGUCCCACCUCAGCUGGGUCCCCUCUGCAGGGGGGCACCCCCUUUCGGUCACCCCGGGACCCUCUCAGAAGAUGCUCGGGGACCCCAGGGCCAACGGGACCACCGCCGUGCCCCCGUUGGCCUCAGCUCUGCUUUCCACCGCCGGGGCCAGAGAAGACAAGGGCCCGGGGCCCACGGGGCACCCCGAAAUCUCAACCACUCUUCCCAGGCAACCAAGGGACCCGGAGGGGCCACCUUCCACCGGCAGCGCCGCGAGAGGGGGGGUCACCACCACCGAGACCCCGAGGAGCAGCAAAGCUGCCAAAAAGCAUCUCCGGGUCAAAAUAGUGAAGAAAAAGAUUUUGAAGAAGAAAGCCCAAAAGCUGCUGAAUCCGGAAACUGGCACCCAAAGGGCAUCAGAAUGCCCUCCGUUGGGACUCGAGUCUCUGAGGGUGCGGGACUCCCAACUACGAGCUUCCAGCUCCAAGCGGGACGGACUCGGGCCCCACCGCGGGCGCCUGAACAUCCAGUCUGGAAUUCAUGACGGCGAUUUGUACGACGGAGGCUGGUGUGCCGGAUACGACGACAAAGAUCAGUGGCUGGAGAUUUAUGCCAGGCGACUGACACGCUUCACCGGGGUGAUCACCCAGGGACUCAACUCCAUCUGGACUUACAGCUGGGUGACUUCGUACAAGAUCCAGUUUAGCAACGAUACUCAUCGCUGGCAGCCUUGCAGAAACGGGAGCCAAGAGGUGAUCUUCCCAGCCAACAAGGAACCAGAGACUCCCAUCCUCAACCUGCUGCCAGACCCCGUCGUGGCACGCUACAUCCGGAUCAAUCCUCAAACCUGGUUUGAGAACGGGACCAUCUGCUUAAGGGUCGAAAUUCUGGGAUGUGCCCUGCCAGAUCCCAACAACAUUUAUCCGUGGGAACACAUACCUGGCACCAACGAUAAAUUGGAUUUUAGGCAUCACAACUACAAAGAGAUGAGGAAGCUGAUGAAAAACGUCAGCGACACGUGUCCGGAUAUCACAAGGAUAUACAGCAUCGGGAAAAGUUACCUGGGCCUGAAAAUGUACGUCAUGGAGAUUUCAGACAACCCCGGGCAGCACGAAGUAGGAGAGCCGGAGUUCCGCUACGUGGCCGGCAUGCACGGGAACGAGGCGCUGGGCCGGGAGCUGGUGCUCAACCUGAUGGAGUAUCUCUGCCAGGAAUACAGGCAGGGCAACCCUCGCGUCCGGAGGCUGGUCACCGAGACCCGAAUCCACCUGAUGCCCUCCAUGAACCCGGACGGUUACGAGACGGCCUACAAGCUGGGCUCGGAGCUGUCCGGCUGGGCACUGGGCCGAUGGACGUACGAAGGCUUUGAUCUCAACCACAACUUUGCUGAUCUCAACACGGACCUUUGGGACGCCGAGGAUCUCCAGCUGGUCCCCCACCAGUUCCCCAACCACUACAUCCCCAUCCCGGAGGCGUACACCUUCCCUAACGCCACGGUUGCCCCAGAAACGCGGGCGGUUAUCAGCUGGAUGCAGCGCUACCCCUUUGUGCUGAGUGCCAACCUACACGGAGGGGAGCUGGUGGUGACCUACCCCUUCGACAUGACCCGCACCUACUGGAAAGCCCAGGAGUUGACCCCCACCGCCGACGACGCCAUCUUCCGAUGGCUGGCCACCGUCUACGCCACCUCCAACCUGGUGAUGGUGGACGACGAACGGCGGAUGUGCCACUAUGAGGACUUCAUGCAGGAGGGCAACAUCAUCAAUGGAGCCAACUGGCACACCGUGCCGGGAAGUAUGAACGACUUCAGCUACCUGCACACCAACUGCUUUGAGGUGACCAUCGAGCUGUCCUGCGACAAAUUCCCCCACGAAUCGGAGCUCCCGCAGGAGUGGGAGAACAACAAGGAAUCCCUGUUGCUGUACAUGGAACAGGUCCACCGAGGGAUUAAGGGGAUCGUCCGGGAUAAAGACACGGAGCGAGGCAUUGCCGAUGCCAUCAUUUCUGUGGACGGCAUCAACCAUGACAUCAGGACAGCUUUCGAUGGGGACUACUGGCGCCUGCUCAACCCCGGCGAAUACGAGGUGACCGCUGCGGCCGAGGGCUACCACCCCGUCACCCGAACCUGCCACGUCUCUUACGAGAACAGCGCCACCCUCUGCGACUUCCGCCUGACCAAGACCCCCAAGCAGCGUCUGCGGGAGAUCCUGGCCAAGGGCGGGAAGGUGCCCAAGGACCUCGUGCUGCGCCUGCGCCGGCUGCGCCUGCGCCAGCUGGAGGCCCAGAGACAGACCCAGUGAGGGCAAGGAGGGGUCCUCCGGCGUCGCCCCAAGGAGAACGGGGCUGUCGGGCCCUUUUUUCUGGCUGGGGCCCUUUCGGUUUGGGGGGCUGCGAGAAUGCCGGCCCUCGGCCCACAAGCAAGAAGUGCACCUCCCGGACUUUCAAAACAACUGAGAUAUCCUAGCCUGGCUUUUAGGGAGAAAUAUUGUUGAUAGUUUUACAAAGACCUGGACAUUUCUUUCUUUCUUUCCUUCCUUCCUUCCUUCCUUCCUUCCUUCCUUCCUUCCUUCCUUCCUUCCUUCCUUCCUCCCUUCUCUUCCUCUUCAUUCCUCUUCCUUUCCCCC